UCAAACUGCAGCGCCAAGGCUGGGCCAUGGAGCUUGUGCUGGGGCAGGUGGAGCAGCUGUCGGCGCUGCUGGCUGUGUCCCGCUCUGCGCUGGUACGGGACUGGGACUCCCUCACCCUGGACAGGGCUCUAGAGUGGGCCCGCUAUUUCCAGCAUCUUUAUGACCGGUUCCGUAGCCGGCCCCAGCUCCGGGAGGCCGUGGGGCGGCGGCUGCGCCGGUCUCAGCCGUCCCCUCUGCUCGGCUUCUCCACGCUGGGCCGCUGCCCACAGCUGUUGGGGCUGGCGCUUCUGGAGAACCGCGCUUUGCCGCCCGCCGCCUGCCGCCGCCUGCUCCGCGGCCUCCUGCAGUGUCCCGGCGCGGGGGCCGGCCCCGAGCCCCGCGGCCUGGAGCUGCUCGCCCGCCGCAAGGCCGCGGCCUGCCUGCUGGCUCUGCCCCGCCGCCCGCCGCGGCGUCCCCCCGGGCCGGAGGCGCGGCCGCGGGCAGAGGCGCAGCUGCUGCUCAGCCGGCUGCGGGAGGAGGGCCAGGAGGUGCGGGAGGCCGCGGGGCAGCUGCGGUGGCUGUGCGGUGUUCUGGAGCAGCUGCCCCAGCCCCGCGCCUUCGAGGUGGUGGCGGCGGCGCUGGCUCUGCUGAAGCAGGGGCCUGGCACUGAGCCGGCCGGAGGCGGGAGUCGGGAUGGGAGCAGCCUGGACGGGUACCAGGCGAGUGCUGCAGGAGACGGAUGCACCGCCGGGCUCCUGCUUUCCUGGCUGCUGGACAGCCAAGAGCGAUUUUCUGCCUUCUGCCUUUGCCUCCCAGCUUCCCAUCUUGCCUUCCUAGCUGGUCACUAUUCCCAGUUGAGCAGAGCUUAUUUGGACCUCUUAACCCUCUGGGGAAGCCAUUUGAUCUAUGAACCCUUGCAAGGACGGUGGGUUAAAAGUUGCCUUGACAAAGCUGAAUUGUCAUGGGAAGAAUUAAGGCAGCGCUUCAGCUGCCUCUGUCAGGGAUCCACACUGCUUAAAGAACAGACCCAAGCUGCUCUGAAACUCCUGAGGACACAAGAUGGAGACUUUAAUGUCUGUGGCAUAAGUGUGUGGACUGACUUACUGAUGGAAGCAGGCUACUAGUGCACGAGCACAAAAGCAACGUGAAAACUUAAAAAAUCAAACAAAUCUGGUUAACUAUUUGAUGUGAAACGCAAGACAGCUACACUUGGUUGAAAACCAAACAUAAUUGAGACUGAUCACGAUUCUGACUGCAUCUGUUUCUGAAGUCUUUCAGGGAGGUCUGGUGUUUUCUUCUAAUUGUGCUGUCAUUUUUGGCCAACACAGUAAAGGUCUUCCUUUUCAGUACUUGCUGAUUAAUUGUCUAAUAAAAUGAAAAAAUCCUUUCUGCUUCAAAUAUGGAGUAGUUUUCUGUUUAGAAAAUAUGACAGUUCAGAUAUGGUCAUCGUAGUAAUUUUUCUAAAUGUUGGAAGCUGAGCAAAAAUUCAAAGGGAGGCCGGAGUUUUAAAUGUGGAAAACACAAAUUCAGGGUUCCUUUAUAGUGGUUGUCUUCAUUGGGCUGCCUGAUCUGGUGGCCACUUCGAUGCUUCUGUAGCUCUUGCACAUGAUUUAGCCCCAUGGUCAGUGAAGAAAGUGAGAGGAAACCAACUGGAAAGCUUCUUGAAAAGUUCUGAAAUAAAACUAUUAGUUGCUAUAUUAUUUGAUAAUGUGCAGGUACUUCCUAAGAAAGUGCCAGUAAAAUGUAGAAUGUUCUUUGUGGGUUUUUUCCCAUUUCCAUAAUUUAUUACACGAUUCAUUGCUUUGUCAAGCAAAAAAGUGAACAGCAAACUUUUUUAUUACGUGUAU